UUAUUAUUCAUUUCUAUCUCUACAUAUUAAACUUUUCCGAUCACUAUUUUACUUUUCCGAUCACCUGAAAUGAGGAGGAACUGCAACCUUGAACUCCGGCUCUUUCCGGUCUCCGAUCACGAAGAAGAGCGAGAACAAGAACAUCAACCACAGCAGAUAACUAUUUUCUACAACGGAAAUGUUUCCGUUUGUGAUGUUACGGAGAUGCAGGCUAAGGCUAUUCUUCUGUUAGCAAGUCAAGAAACGGAAAAUAAACUCAGAACGUCGCCGUCGCCGUCGCCGUCACCUUCACCGUCAACAAGACCUCCGUCACCGGCGUUGCCGUCUCCGGUUUACGUCCCGAAUAACGGCUUAUCGAUGAAGAGGUCAUUACAGCGGUUUUUGCAGAAACGGAAUAACCGUCGGAACCAAACGACCUACCCUUACAGUAUUAACCGGCCGAUGACGUGUUCUUUGAUUAACCAAUCAUAGAGUUUGAUUCGUAUGUAUUACUGAGGCAAAUAAUUAUAUUUGCAAUGAAAGAAUUAAGUUUGGUUGAUUCAGCAGAUGGCAUUUAGUUAGGGUUGUAAAUUUUUUAAUUUGGAUAAUUUAUAUGCUAUAGAAGUAAACGUUGUUUGAUGGAAAUAUUACUUAAUUAAUUACAUUUUGGUUCUUUUUAA